AUGGUUACUCAAAGAGCUAUAAAACCAGUGCACGAAUCCGAGGAGGAAGGGGAGAAGUUGAAAGAACUUGUCUCAAAGCUCAGCGAGGAAAAGAAGAUCCUUCUGCUGUCUGGGAAAGACUUUUGGCGCACCCAGCCGUUGCCGGAACUUAACGUUGGCAGCCUGAAAACCACUGAUGGUCCCAACGGUGCACGUGGAGAAUUCUUCACGGACGGAACCCCUGCUGCCCUAUUUCCUUGCGGGAUAUCUCUAGCCGCUACAUGGAAUGUUGACCUUCUUCAUCAAGUUGGAUCCACACUCGCAAAAGAAGCCAAAGCAAAGCAAGCACAGGUUCUUCUGGCUCCUACGGUCUGCCUUCACCGGUCACCACUUGGUGGACGGAAUUUUGAGUCGUUUUCAGAAGAUCCGAUCCUCACCGGGAAACUCGCAGCAGCUUAUAUAAAUGGCCUGCAAGGAGAAGGCGUCGCCGCCACAAUUAAACAUUUUGUGGCGAAUGAACAAGAGACGCUCAGGAUGCAGAUAAACUCGGUAAUAGAGGAAAGGGCGCUGCGAGAGCUAUACUUAAAACCCUUCGAGAUCGCCAUAAGAGAUGCAGAUCCAUGGGCUCUCAUGUCUUCUUAUAAUCUGAUAAACGGACUACAUGCCGAUAUGAAUCCAUUUACUCUAAGGAAAGUGCUGAGAGAAGAAUGGAAAUAUAAAGGUGCAGUAAUCUCAGAUUGGGGUGGUACGAACUCCACUGUAGAAAGCGUUAAGGCUGGAUGCGAUCUCGAAAUGCCAGGCCCCGCAAAAUUGCGAGGAAAAGCUCUUAAGGCGGCACUGGAUCGAGGAGACGUAACAAUCCAUGAUAUCGAUGAGAGUGUUGAACGAAUACUCCGACUUCUACAGAGGACCGGCAGAUUUGAGGCAUCAGUAGACGAACCUGGGGAAAAAACUCUUGACACAAGUGAAACCAAGCAGCUUAUUCGGAAGGCUGGUGUCGAGGGAAUUACACUUCUAAAGAAUGAAAAUGGAACUUUACCACUCGGACCCGAAAUCAAAAAGGUUGCCCUAAUAGGACCAAACGUCAAACGAGCAGUCGCUGGAGGUGGUGGGAGCGCUAGUUUAAAACCGUAUUAUAACACUACACCCUACGACAGUAUAACUGCAGUGUCUGGACGAGAAAUUCUAUUUGCUCAAGGUGCACAAAUCGAUAAAUGGCUUCCGCUGGCCUCGAAUAUCUGCAAAACGUCAUCCGGCCAGCCCGGUGCCGUUCUGGAGUUUUUCAAAGGAGACAAAUUCGGUGACUCCCCACUAAUAGUACAGACUCGGGCUAAAACUGAUCUAUUCCUUUGGGAUUCGGCUCCAGUCGAGGUAUUACCUGCUUAUUCCUUCAAAGUUAAAACCACAGUAGUGCCAGAAACGACAGGAGAGCACCAAUUCGGAUUCCAGAGCGUUGGCCCGGGCCGGUUAUUUGUCAACGGACAGCUUCUAAUAGAUAAUUGGAACUGGACUGAAGCGGGUGAAGCAAUGUUUGAGGCAUCCGUGGAGGUUGUGGCCUCAAUUCACUUAAAUGCCGGUGUCCCAAUCGAGAUUCUUGUCGAAAGCACAAACGAGACCCGUCCAGUAGGCAAAGCGGGCGCCGCAACCCACGGAUACGGAGGCUGCCGGAUUGGAUAUCGAGAAAGUCCAGUCGUUGAUCUUAUUCAGGAAGCGGUUGAGAUAGCAAGCCAGGCCGAUGCCGCUAUUGUUAUUGUUGGACUCGACGCUGAAUGGGAAUCUGAAGGAUAUGAUCGCCAAAACAUGGAUCUGCCAAAAGACGGAAGCCAGGAUAGAUUGGUUUCGGCUGUGGCAAAAGCUAACAAAAGAACAAUUGUGGUUAACCAAUCCGGUUCUCCAGUUACAAUGCCAUGGGUUAGUGAAGUCCCCGCUAUUCUUCAAGCAUGGUAUCAGGGACAAGAAGCCGGAAACGCUCUGGCAGAUAUACUUUUCGGAAACGAAAAUCCGAGCGGAAAACUUCCUGUGACAUUCCCGAAGCGCUUGGAAGACAAUCCGGCGUACCACAACUGGCCUGGGGAAAACAAGAAGGUUGUAUACGGGGAGGGCAUAUUCAUUGGUUACAAACACUACGAGCGUCUUGCACUCGAUGUAUUAUUUCCAUUCGGGCACGGUCUCUCAUACACACAGUUUCAUUAUGGAGAAGUUGGAAUUAGCGGGCCUGUGCUCAGUGAUUCGAAUACCCUUACGGUUUCUGUUCCGGUGACAAAUAAUGGCAAAGUUAGUGGCCAGGAAAUCGUUCAACUAUAUAUUCGAGAUAUCAAAGCGAGGCUUCCGAGGCCGGAAAAGGAACUCCAAGGUUUCUCAAAACUCUCUUUAAGCCCUGGGGAAACGGGAAUUGCAAAUAUUGUGAUCGACCUCUACUCAGUUGGAUAUUAUGAUACGUCAAUACCUGGCUGGAUAGCUGAGGCGGGGGGAUUCGAAGCUAUAAUUGGGUCGUCUUCUGACGAUAUCAGAGGAGCCGUUUUGUUCAGGAUUGAAGAGUCCUUCAACUGGACAUUUUGA